GCACGUAGAUCCGCGCAGUUCGUGGUUGCGCGACCGUUGAAACGGAUAAGUCUUCGUCGUCAUUCGGUCCCGCAAGGGUUUCCAGUAACGUUUGUGCUAGCAUAGAGGAUAGAAAGGAGGCAAAGAUAUUACGCUCAUAUUCAAGAGUGAAGUAAUUGUCGCAUUGUAAUUGAAAAUGUUCACCGGUUUAACGAAUCAGGUGUCUACAUGGAUGGGAAAAAAAGGAGAAGACGCCGGCACAGAAUUGCCGACUGAAGAGGCGAAACUUCCCACGGGUGCUGAAGGAGGAGAAGAUCCAGAUAGAAAAGACAGCCCGACCAGAAGCAUGCUGGUUGGUGUAAAAUCGCAGAUGACAGGCUGGUUCAGCGGAGGAAUUCCGGGAUUGAGCCGCGGUGCUGGACAGGGAGGUGACGGCGAAUCACAGGCGGGAAAACCUAUGAACGGAGCCCAAAUGGCGCAAAAUACCGAGAGCACCGUAGCCGAACAGACGAAAGACGACGACGCCAGCAGUUGGACAAACUUGUCAGAAGCAGUCUCGACCGUACCACGCGCGACUGGCGGAGCUGACAGUGGUCCCGCGAGUUUAGAAGGUUCUCCAUCCGAGGACAAGGAAGGACAACAGGCAUUCGGUGGAGUUUCAACGAAGGCACUGGCAGGUGCUAAAACUCUGGGAGGAUUUUUGUACAGCGCCGUGAACAAGGCUGGAAAAACCGUGGUCGAGGCUGGAGCAAAGAUCAAGAAGACGGUCGAGGAGAACAGAUUGGUCGCUGAGCUGAACAAAGAACAGGAGGCUUUCAUUGCCAACAAGCAUACCGAAAAGGGUGAGGCCGUCGCACCGUGGGUCGGUGCACCCAACGAGGACAUACUCCGCGAGGAAUGCUUAUCUCUGUCGACGGAUCAACGUAACUUCCUGAAACCCCCACCAAAGGAAGUCGAUUUCCCUUGGGACUUUGAGGCUGUGCAACCAAUGGCACAGGCCACUCUCGCACUAGAUCCUAACUUGGAGAACAUGAGGUUCCAGCUUGUGCCGAAAGUAAUAUCAGAAGAGAAUUUCUGGCGGAACUACUUCUACCGAGUAUCGGUUCUCCGUCAAAGCCACGAGCUGAAUACAAUGGCCGACCAGACGGAGAACAACCUCAAUCAGACUUCCGCCGGAACCGUCGAUCAACCUGAAGUUCAAGUGACCACUGGCCAGGAAAGCAGCGGAACAGCGAUGACCGGAAGUAACAGCGCGUUGGCCGAUUCGCCAGGCCACGAAUUCGUGUCCGAUAGCAUGAGGGUCUCGGACACGGACCUCGAAGAGGUCCGGGAAGGCAUGAAAAAACUGGGAAUGCAACCACCUAAAGAAGAAGAUUGGGAACGCGAAUUGGAGGCGGAACUGAAGGAUUACGAGGUAGUAACAGGUAACGAGGAGAGGAACAGCAACGCGACGCCGAUCAGAAACAGCGGCGCGUUGGAUAAGGACGAUUGGGAGAAACAGAUCGACGAGUUGCUGGCCAACGAGGACGACGAGGACCUCAAGUGAGCCGAGAGAUUGUUCGCGGUGGACCGGAUAGUGGCGAUCUCGUCGCGUUUCGAGAUCAUCCUGCGUUAGAAAAGGGAGAUUGAGAGUGUGUGAGAUCACCGGGUGGAUUGUCGCGUCUUUCCUUCGCGGAGAUCUUCCUCCGAUUGUUCGAAGAGGGGCAAAAGAUGAAAGACUCUUGGAACAGAGGGAUCUUGUCUUCUUCCCGCUUCCUUUCAGUUUUCAGCUUUGCCCCUCUUUCGCGAUCGUUCAGACAUCGCCAUAAAGGGAGGAACGGACUUUUUGGGGGUGGGUCGAUGAUGUUCGAGACCGUCGAUGCUGCGUCGAAUGAUGUGACGAUGUAAUAAUGUGUACAAGGGAGGAAGGAAACGCGAGAGGGAAUGAAACUUAGUCUGAGUUUUUUUCUUUUCUGUUUUUUUUUCUUUCUUUGUUAAAAGGAUUGUAAGCGAGAGCAGGGGGAGAGAAAGCGGAAGAAAAAAAAGUUUGAAGGGGAAGAGGAGCCUGUUCCUCGUUUCCCCUUCGACGGGGUGUUUUCCUCGACAAUGUGUGAGUACGUUUGCGAUCCUCGAGCACGAUGAAGAUGAGAAAGAACAGAGAGAGAGAGAGAGAGAGAGAGAGAGAAUAAAGGGGAAAAAAAGGAAACGCGGGAAGAUAAGUUGUACUACGGUGGUUGUAAAAAGAGAAUUAUUUCGUCGAUCACUCUCGCUUCUCGAACCUCCGUCGAUAAUUCCAUCCAUCGAUGAUCCGUGAACCGUAGAACGGUGAACGGGUGUGCACACGAGACGAUCUAACUUUAACGCUACACUUAUGUCAAUUGUUAAACGACUCGCUCUCGAUCACAAGGGCGACUAUGUAAGAUUUACAGAAGAACAAGUUGAAAGAAAGAAAAACAAAUUUCAAGCUUUCCCCUUUGUAAUAUCGAUCGUUAAUUAUAUUUAUUGCUUAAAAGAAAAGAAUUAAUAUAAAUAAACGUAUGUUACUUUCGACAUCGAGCGUAUUAUGUAAUGUUACGCGAAAUGCACUGUGCUACGGAAUAUAUAAAUAUACAUCUAUAUAUAAAUAAAAAGAAAAAAAUCAAAGAAGAGAAAGAUUUGUUGAACGCUUCUUCAUCGGGUUCGAAGGAUCGACGACUAUCCGAAGUGACACAUUACACUGCCGUGUGCCGAAGGACACCGUUUCGAACGAGUAUCGUCGAGUAUCGUCGGCUAUAUUUUUUCCCCAAAAAAGAGAGAAAAACAACCCAGAAGCGAUGGUCAGGCGCUUUCACGCGCGACGAUCCCUUGUCGUUGUUCGUUGAUCGUGGAUGUUGUAUGCCAAAGAUGAAAUCGAUUCGACGAGAAAUCGCGAAUGGAGAAAAGAAAUUGAUAAAGAUUGACUUACGUUGAUAUUUUUGUUAGUAUUACAUUAUUAUUGCCAUUAUUGUCAUUAUUACUAUUAUUACAGAGGCGCAUUUGUUAAUGUUGCGCCACGAGAAAUACGUACGUUGUAUUUUUAGGUUGAAGCUCAUCCUAAUAUGUGUUACGUGUUUGCAAUAUCCGCGCUAAUAUCGUUGAGCGCGCGUUAACGUCGAUUUGGAGUGAGCGCGUGACGUAUAAAGGCUCGAGUUACCAAUAGCACUAAUUAACAAGAAUCGAUGAUGAUAGGAAACAAAUAAUCUCUCGACAGGAUUUUCUGCGACAUGCCGUCCAAUUAUUUCCUCGACCUCGUCGAACAAACCAGGUCGAAACAACAAUUCUCGUUCGUAGACCAGAAAAAAAGUCGCGUUGGAUCAAGUUUAGCGUUUCACGGCACGAUGUUUUAUCUUCGUUAAAGCGCGCCUUCGCAACGUCACGUGUACGCUCUGCGAUCGAUGAGAAAAUAUUAGAACGUUCGAUUGUUGUACAAGGCGAAGGGUGAACUUGCUAUCGAUGCGAACUAAGGUCGAGAGAAGAGAAACGAUGAUACGAACGAUCGUAUAUUUGGAAGAAAAAAAGAACGAGAAAAGGAAAAGAGAAACGGUCAAAAGAAGUAAGCAUCAUAUUCGUAUGAAAUCGUUGCACUUCCGGUUCGGAAGAGGAUCGUUUUGCGUGCGCCGCCAUGUUGAGUCCAGAUCUUUCGUCAAUUCUUCCCAGACGUUUUCUAUGUUAACCUCUAUAUGUGCGUGCAUCGACCGACUGAUUCGAUGCAUUUGAGAGUAAUAUUUAAAAGAAGAAAAAGAAAAAUAAUGAAAUACGUUUAUUUAGCUUAGAGAUUCGUAAAAAGGAAGUAGAAUCCUUUAAGGAAGACUUGAUUCUGAACUCAACGCUGGUUCACCGUGUGCGCGUGUUUCACCCAGCUCGCUGUGAAGUUUUUAAUUCGCACUAGUCGUUAGGUCGAUAUAUGUAUAUUGUACGAGAUAUAUAUAUUAACGUUAAGCUAUCGCAAUUAAUCGGGCCUAAGUUCGUCAAAAUGUUAAUGAAAGACAGAAACGCGCGUUGUACGUAAACAUUGUAUAUGGGCACGUUAAAGACCGAGACGCUUGGUAAUCGUGUGAUUUAUCUUUCGAGGUAACAUCGAAGGAACGCGAGAGAUAUAGGCAAAUUGUGGCGCGACGUUGAACGUGUCUUUCGUUGACAAAUUGUUGUACAUUAUUGUAUUCUAUGAUUCCGUUCAUGGAGCGAUUCUCGUGUUAUAUUUCUUGUACGCGCGACAUGUUACAAGCGCCCGUAGAGACCGCGUUUUAUGUGUGUUCUUUGCCCCGACUGACAAUGAGACGUGAGGAAAAGUACAUUUUCGCGACGAGUCCUUCAUCUUUUUGGGCGGCCAGAACGAUGGAUCAGGAAAGUAAUAUAUAAUAAUAUGUACAUGUCGAUAAAUGAACGUCUUUCCCUUCAAUGGCCAAAACAACAAAAGAAAAAAAAUGAAAAAAAAAAUGAGUAUGAAGAAAAAAUGAAUCAUCAUGGUGUACUUCGGCAGUCCCCCUAUUUCAAAACGACUCUGUGAAUUGUGUAAUAAAAACUAUCCUAUGGUACAGUGCAUUCACUCAUAAGAAUGAACGUAAACCCGAUACGUAUAUAUAAAAUGAUAUACAUAAUAUACAUAUGAAAAUAUAAAUAAAUAAAAAAAUAUAUAUAUA